CAAAAAUUGAAGCUGGAAGCAGAGUUUUUUUUUUUAUUCUUAUUAUAAAAAAAAUAGCUGCAGUGUCUCAGAUCAGAUCAGAGAACAAGACGAAGAAACAAGGAAACAACGCAAUUCAAUUUCCCCCUUUCCAAUCUAAAAUCCUCUUUCUCAAACCCACCUAGUCCCAAAGUUGAGUGGUAAAAGGUGCAACAAUGCUAAAAGGCAGAUUCUCGUUAUUCGGGGCUUCUUCUAACUCAAUCAACACCAACACCAAGAAUUAUUCAUCAUUAUCGAAGGGUGAAGAACUGCGUCCAAAACUGAAUCUCGAAACGGAUAGGCAAGUAUAUAGGCCUGGUGAUCCAGUCGUUGUGACCAUUCAGAUCUCAAACCCGUCCAAUGAGUACUCUUUUCUCAUGGAAAGGCUCGGUUUUGAGAUCAAAGGGAUUGAGAAAUUGGACACUCAGUGGUUCGCUACACCGAAGCCUCUUCCUGGUUCUAAGCAAAGGAGAGGUGAAAAUGUGUUUUUGGAUGCCUCAACACCAGUCUUAGUGGCAAAUCAGAUUGUUAAUUUUGGAAGAAGCAAAUCAUGUACGUGGCGUUCUAGAUUUAAAUAUAUAUAUGCUCUUCAAUUUAUUUUCUUCUUUGCUUCUUUAAUCCUUCUUCAUUCUAGCAGAAUAAAUCCAAAAUUGUUAUUGAUGAUUUUCGGUACCUAGCUCCUGUAGUUAGAC